AUGGACGUUGGCCAGUGCGACGACUCCCCACACGGAUUCACAAUUUCCGUUGCUGUUGUCCGAAAGAUGGUGGUAUACGUUAUGCACAGCAACGUAGACACUAUCCGAAUGGCUGCUGAGGAAUUCGCAGACGCACUGCGAGAGCGUCAGAAUCGCGGGCAAUGUGAUGAUGACGUGCUGAUAUUCGUCUCAGUUGAUGACCACGUGGUUUGGACGUCUCUUGGUUCUGUCACGAAAAGAUACCUCACGGACUCAGCGGUGAAUGCGGUCACAACUAGAGCUGAAUUGCAUAUCCAGUCUGGCGACUACAUGGAAGGUAUUCUUUACAUGGUGGAGUCAUACACGACCCUUCUAAAGGGCGAAUCGCUUGAUUUGAGCACUGGUUUUAAAUGGCGCGUUCCACUGUGGUUAGCCAUCACUACUGGAUCCGGACUAGUCAUUUUCCUGCUUGCCAUGACUGUUUUUUUGAUUUACCGCUGUGUGGUGUACUGUAGAGGAGGUCGUCGAGCAGAAUAUACGAUGGGCACUCGUGUGUAG